CAGCCAACCAGUAACCAACAGACAAACCAGCCAACCAGCCGAUUCAUGACCGACCAACAGACAAACCAGCCAUGACUAACCGAUCCACGACCAACUGACCAACUAGCCAACCAGCAACCAGCAGACAAACCAGCCAACCAUAACCAACAGAAAACCAGCCAGACUAAACCGAUCCAACGACCAACCGACGCACCCACCAGCCAACUAGCAAACAAACAGACAAACCA